CGGGGUUAUGUUAAGGCACUGUUUGACCACUAUUCCAACUUUCAUCUCCAAGUGAAGGAAAUUGCCCGACUGCACCGACUGCACCGAUUGCACCAACAACCGACUCGUCGACCAUCGACCGCCCGUGCUACUGAGCGCACCCUCCGCCUCUCGCAAGGAUCCCCAACUGCGCCUCUUAAUAGAAAACUCGCUCCUGCCCCGGCAAAAUCCCUCGCAUUCUGCACACACGGAGUUUCUUCUGACGACACCGUCAUUUCUGCUGAAAACAAGAGGCGGCGCGCGGUGCAUUGUGCGGCCGCUUUCGACCAAGCACGAACGCACGCCACAAGAAUCCGCCCAUGUCCGUUUCCGUCGCUCCCACCGUGUCACCCUGCGACAGAUAACUUCUGCAAACAAACGGAACGCGCAUAGAAAACAGAGUCUGCUGGUCAGAUUCCCGCGUUUCAAAGUCCACCACCAUCUCCAUCUGCACCAUGUCCGAACCUACAGCACCCACGACGCGGCGCACGCGCUCGUCCAAUCAGGAGGCAGCCAGCCAAACCUACGGUUACCACAACACAUUCCACACCCACGCACAGCUACCGCUCGGCAGCCCACCCGUCUACGCCCGAGUUGACGACAACCUGCGCUACCUGAAUGAGAAGGCGCGGACUGAGGCCAAGGCAGAACGUGCUGAUGUUCUGCCGCCGCCGUACACAUGCACCGUCGAAAUCGGCGGUGUAAUUGGUGUACGCCAUGAGCUGCUCUCGCCGUUUCACGUGUCAGGUCAGCGCGACUGGUCUGACUGCUACGUGAUUCUCCGUGGGACGCAGCUGAGCAUCUACCGAGCAAAGCAGCCCGGCCUGUGGAGCAAGAACAGGCAGCCUUCGCCCGGUCGCUUGAUCUCGUCGUACACACUGCAGCAUGCCGAAGUGGGCAUUGCCUCGGACUUCAAGAAGAGCAUGUUGAUCCCCAAAUCGCCAUUCGCACAUCUCGUCCCUGCCUCGGCGCGACACAAGCUUUACGAGACCGACCCCCAUCUCUUCGAACCUGUACGCGAGCACGUCAUUCGCAUUCGUGUGGAGACCGAGCAACUGCUGCUCUGUGUGCCCACACAAGAAGGCAUGCUUGAUUGGAUUGAGGCAUUCUGCGCCGCCAUCGACAUCAGCUCGCCUAUCGAGGAUCGCAGCGAGCCACGCUACCGGAGUCUGCCUAGGAGGAACAGGCGCCAACGCAUGCUCGACGGAGCUCAGCUUGGCGAGGAUCUGAACAACCUGUCCAACGUCGAUGCUGGCAGACGCAUCAUUGCCGAGCAAGAGCGCAUCAUCCGCCAGCUAUACCCACAUCUGGGCGGAGGCCGAGAGAUGGGCAAUGUUACUACUGUGACAGCCACAGCAGACGCCGAAUUCGAGGAAUUCGACCCCGAAGACGUGCGCUUCCCCACACGAAACAGCCUCACACGUAUGUUCCCGCAGGACGAGGAGGAGGAGGAGCCACCAUCAACAGCGUCCUCCGAUCCCAAGAGCGCAUCAGCCAUUCGAAUCACAUCAUCACAAGCUCUGCGUUACCGCCGUCGUUGCGCACCGGUUCUCCUCUCCUCGUCACCUCGAGUAAGCGAUGUGGUCAUCUGCGAUGGCAAACGUAUGCGCAUCAACGUGAAGGAGCACAGGCUUGUCGAUUAUACAUCCCACCCUCCGCGCUACGAUGCGCAUGGCUUCAAGAAGAAGCGCUCGCAGCAGCCUGCGGCAGUCGAAAUCGAGGCACCCACCACGAUUGUCAUCGGAAAGAUCGAGAGCCCAGAGAGGCCAGCUUCGCCUUUGCGUACAACCAGCGAUGAUUCUAUCGCGUCCAUCACAUUUGGCUACGACUUGGCACCCUCAUCUUCAGAGCAGGAUGCCGAUCGUAUUGAUCUUGCCUCCUCUUCCGGCCCACCAUCGCCUACGGCCAUGUCUCAAGCGAAGAUGGACGCAACACGCCGACUUGGUCACAUGGGCAAGAUCAGGACGAGCAUCGACGGCCGUGAGAACGAAAUCAGCGCCGUCGCUCUUGGCGUCGGCCUGCUCAUCUAAACAACCUUUGCAAACACCACCAACACUCCCCUGUACAUACUUUCCUUUGUUUUUGAUUGCAAUUAGCGGCAUGGUUUCAUUUUCAUGGUUGAGCGGCGCAUUCUCGACCGGCAGCGAGAGCCCAUCCACUCAACUGCUUCUAGAGAUACCCAACAUUGUUCUGGAGGACACGUAAAUACUUCAAUCAAAUACUUUCCCAC